AUGGAAGAGGAAAAGUUAAUACGUAAGAAAAAAAAAGCUUUAAAUGGAAGCAAUAGACGUAACUUAGCUGAAGUGUGUAACGACUUGGCGACGUUUUACUACAAACACCAUCGUUAUAGUGAUGCUCUUGAGGAGUAUAAAAAUGAAGCAACUGUGGUUAAGGAAUUGGGCUUACGUAUGGAAUGGGGCACUUGCAAUCGGAUGAUAGGUGAAAUGUACAUGUUGAUGGCAGAAUUUGACAAAGCUCUUAGAUAUGAAGAGCGACAUUUAGCUGUAGCAAAGGAACUAAACAAUCUUGUGGAGGAACAAAGAGCCAUGGCAACACUUGGUCGUAUAUAUUUGCUACAGGGCCAGAGUUGUAAUGAAGAAAAUGAAGCUAAGACUUCAUUGACUGCUGCUGAAAAAGCUUUCAUGAAAAGUCUAGUAUUGUGUGAAAAAUUAAAUGGCAAAAUCACAAAGAAUGAGCUUCUAGACAUGCGUGCCCGUUUGCUCCUAAACAUUGGUGUGGUACAAGAACAUCUCGGAUACCUGGACAAGGCCAUAGAUUGUAUAAACAAGGCAAUAACAAUUUGUUCAUGUCAGGACUUGCAUGAUAUUUUGCAUAACUGUUAUGCAACUGAAGCGUCACUGUACAGUAAUAAGAAAAAAGACUUUGCAAUGGCUCUUAGUUGCUUGAAUAAAGCUUUAGAAGUUGCUAGUAGGCUUGAAGAUAAGGUUCUAAAGACAUGUGAGACUUUGUCAGCAAAAGCAGAUAUCCUUUGCAAGAUGUCCGACUAUCAGAGUGCUAAACAAGUUCUAAUGAAGGCUUGGAAACUUAAUACUCCUGAUGAUGAAGAAAGGGAGAAUAUUGAAUGUAAUUUGAAAGUUGUCGCAGCAAUGUGUUACACAGAAGACCUACUCAUAUCAACUGACCCUUCUGAUCAUGCCACUUUCAAAAAGUUGUACGAAAAGCUUGGAGAUGGUGCAUGUCACCUUCGGAACUAUUCCGGUGCAGUGGAUUAUUAUUUAAAGAUGUUAGAUCAUGCAGAACUAUUAGGCGACUGUGGGAAGACCUUAAUACCCAUUUAUGUCAGCUUGUAUCAAACCUACAAAGAUAUGGGUUGUUAUAAUGAAGCAUUGCAGUACUAUGACAAAGAAUAUGAAUUAAUUAAAGAUAUCCCUAAAGAAGCUUACACAACAUUAAGUAAUAUUGCUGAAGUGUUGUAUUUAGCAAAAAAACCAUAUGAUGUUAUUGAGAAGGCAUGUCUUAAUGCCAGAAAUGCAGCCAGAGAUUGGAAUAAAAAGAAAUAUGAAAUAAGAAUGUUAAAGAACCUACUAAAAUAUCAAGAGGAAUAUUUUGAGACUGAUAGAAUGGAACAAACUAAGGAGGAAUUAAGAGCUCUAGGAUACGACAAUUUUGACAAUCUAGAGAAUUCUGAGGAUGAACAGAGUUCCGCCGGUGGUUGUGAUGAAGAUACAACUCAUAUUGGUGAUGAUAUAUGUCUUGAAGAUCUUACAGAUCUUUCUGAUAAUAAUGAUGAAGAUGUAAUGGAGACAAAAAGAGAGAGCAGAAGAAGAGGUAAAGGCUUUGCUAUAAAAAAGAACAUGAAAGGCGAAACACAAUUACAUGUUGCAUGUAUAUCAGGUAACAAAUUGCUAGUAGAGAGAUUACUUGCAAAAGGUCAUCCGGUGAAUGUGAGAGACAAUGCUGGCUGGUUGCCAUUACAUGAAGCAUGCAUCCAUGGGAAUUUGGAAGUUGCUAAUAUAUUAAUCAACAAUGGUGCCAACGUUAAUGACAGAGGUGGGGCUAACUGUGAUGGUAUCACACCUCUGUAUGAUGCUGCAAGCAAUGGUCACUUGGAUGUCGUGAGAUUGUUACUUGAUAAAGGUGCCAUACCAUCACUAAAAACCGACUUCGGAGACACGCCACUAAAUGUUCUUCAGAAAUGGCGGGCGGCUGUUAAGGUUCAUGUUGAGGAUAAGGUUUUCCUUAUUUCCAUAAAAUUGGACACAAUUAACAAGCUAACAAUCAGCUGGCUGGUUGAAGAAGUAAAGUCUAGAUAUUACAAGUUAACUGGAGUAAGGCCGGUAUUCAGCCUUAUGACGUCAGAUGGUGCCAUACUUUCUGAGGACGAUCCCCUGAGCUUGGUUUUAGCUUCGCCUGAGCUAAAGACGUGUAUUAGCAAUUGGAAGGCAUCACCCGCUGAAGAACGUUAUUUGGAAUGUUGCGAGGCCUUAGUAAUCUCUCCAUCACAGGAAAUUCAACAUGCGGUAGGCCGAAGUCACACUACUCGCCGACUUGCACUAGAGGGGAAUGUGGUCGGAAGUAUUGCGACGUUUUUGGAUUCGGCGAAGGAUUUGAAGUUACGACGGUUUGGUUUGUCGAACAGUAAAUUGGUGGACGGACAAUUUAUGAGAAUAUUUAGGAGUCUUAGUAGAGCAAAGCAUUUGCAAUCACUUGCUUUAAAAGACAACAUGCUAACAUUUAUCACAUUGAAGAAAUUACUACAGCGUCAACCACCAGUGCCACAGAUAAAUCUUGAAGGAUGUCAUGAUAUUUUUAAGUUUUCUCCCGACUCUGACUUUCAAGUUUGGUUGCCUGCUAUUGAUUUUGGAAGAUGCAUUCCAGAAAUUAAUGUCAUACCAGUAUUAAAAUCUGAUGAAGAAAGGGAAAGCUUCAGACUGUUUUCCAAAACAUGGUUGACUUGUUUCAAGGGUAGAGGUGUUAUAGAACAUUGUGAAGGUGGGGUUACAAAACUCACAGCCAGA